UUACUCUAUGGCACUCGUGACUGCUGCUGUUUACAGGCCUGCUAAACGUGGUGGCAGUGUAGUUGACAGCAGCUAACCAAGAAGUCGAGAAAUUUCUUUCCAUAUCGUUGCUAGGCGCCAUAGCAGUUCAUUUCAUCCAGAACUUUCUGAACAAUAAGUCCGCGGAAAUUGCUCAUGGCAAGCGAAAGGAGUUUCCCUGACAGCUUCAUAGAUGAGGACCCUAAGAAAGCUCUUGAGGAGCUGAACGGGGCACUGGGACAGACGUCUGACAAUGCGGAAUGGCUGUGCCAGCGUGCAUAUGCGCAUAUUUUACUCAAGAACUACAGCAGCGCUGUUGAUGAUGCUAAAAAAGCCCUGGUCCUCAGUCCCAGCUUUGCUCUUGCCUUCAUGAGAACAGGAAUUGCGGAGUACCAUUUGGAAAACUUCCCAUCGUCACACGAGGCCUUCGUCCAAGGGCAGAAUGUGGACGGAGCGGACGGAGCGUUUGCGGUCUGGAUCAAGCGCUGUGAGGAGAGGAUGGCAUUGGGGAGUCACAAUGGAACAUCACACACGCAGGAGACGGCGCCGCAGGUAAAGCACGACUGGUACCAAACAGAAUCCCAUGUCAUCGUCACGGUGAUGGUGAAGAAUGUGAAGAAGGAGGAAGUCAGCGUCAAGUUUGAAGAGAAAGAGCUCUCGGCCGCGGUGAAGCUGCCGUCGGGAGAAGACUGGCACCUGAAGAUCCCCCUCCUGCAUCCAGUGGUCGCCCAACAGAGCACCUUCAAAGUCCUCUCCACCAAGGUGGAGAUUAAGAUGAAGAAGACUGAGGCUCUGCGGUGGGAGAAGCUGGAAGGGGAGGGGACUCUGCCCAACGUCAAGCACUUCACCCCGAACCAGUACCCCUCGUCCUCCCAUUGCACGCGGAACUGGGACAAGGUUGUGGGCGACAUCAAGGAGGAGGAGAAGAACGAGAAGCUGGAGGGAGACGCGGCCCUCAACAAGCUGUUCCAGCAGAUCUACUCGGACGGCUCGGACGAAGUCAAGCGCGCCAUGAACAAGUCCUUUAUGGAGUCUGGCGGGACGGUCCUGAGCACGAACUGGAUGGACGUGGGCAAGAGGACGGUGGAGGUGAGCCCUCCGGACGACGGCGAGUUUAAGAAGUUCUGAGGCCUCGGCACGCCCCGGGAGGUUGGAUGUCUAGUGUCUGUGCACUCCUCAGUAUCCAUCCGCCCGCAGCCCGUCUGCUUUAGAACACACACCCCUGCAUGUGCCGUGCGUUCGGACGUCUUUACGAACAAGGAAGGGCAGGAGACCAUUGGGCCAAUUUCUAAAGGAAUUUAUUUGUAAAUUUAAACAGAUCUAUAACCGUAAAGAAAGUUAACCUUUUAUUUGCACACCUUUUGUAAAAUAAAAAUAAAAAUCCCAACAGGAACACGUCAAAAAAACAAAAAACAUAGAAAGUAUUUUCACUUUACUUUUGGUCAGAAAUGACAUGCACUAAUGGGGCAUUUUCCGUCAUCCGUGUUGUGUGUGCGCGCAAAAGGUUAGCCUUUCUUCAAAACCUAUUCAAACAAAACAAUGUAAAUAAAAAAUUUCAUUGGAGUGAA